CCCGUUAUUAAGCUGGGGCGCUGCGCUGCGCACUUGAACCUUCCCUGUCUUGUCUUUGCGGAUAAGGUGCUGCUUGAACCAUGAGCAUCAAUUACCAUCGCCCGGGGAGUCUGAGCUUCAGCAGCCGCUCCCAGGGCUCUCUUCCCAAUCGAAGCUCUUUGUAUCGGGCCAGUCCGGGGGGCUUCCAACUGGGGAUGCUCCGAGUAUCAUCCAGUGCCUUCCCUGGCUCCCCCCUUUCCUCUUCCCCCUCUUUCCUCAUCUCCUCGCUCCCCAGCUUGGAGAUCGACCCUACAGUGCAUCAGAUCCGAACAGAGGAGAAGGAACAGAUCAAGGGGCUCAACAACCAGUUUGCUUCCUUCAUCGACAAGGUGCGUAAACUAGAGCAGCAGAACAAAGUGCUGGAGACGCAGCUGAAGCUCUUGAAGGGCAGAGAGCAAUACAAAUCUAAUGUGGGGCGUAUCAUGGCAGCCCACAGCCAGCCUCUUAAGCAGCAAAUUGAUGCACUGAAUCAGGACAAAAUGAAGCUGCAAAACGAGCUGGACCACACACAGGCCUUACUGGAGGAAUUGAAGAGCAGGUAUGAAGAUGAGAUCAACCGGCGGAACCAACUGGAAAAUGAAUUUGUGGUAACCAAGAAGGACCUGGAUGAUAUCUACUUACAGAAAGUGGAUGUCGAGUCCAAACUUGAGAGCAUCUCUAAUGAAAUCAAGUACCUGAAGCAGCUGUUUAAUGAGGAAACCCGGGAAUUACAGUCUCAGAUCCAAAACACAAUGGUCACUGUGGAGAUGGACAACAACCGGGAGUUGGAGAUGAAGCACAUCAUUGAUGAAGUGAAGGCUCAGUACCAGGCCAUGGCUGCUAAAAGCCGGGAUGAGGCUGAACAAUGGUACAAAACCAAGUUUGAUGACUUGGCUCGGCAGUCCCAGAAGCACUAUGAUGAGCUGAAAGGCAUCAAGGGGGAGAUUGCUGAAUUGACUCGCUAUGCCCAACGUGUUAAUGGGGAAAUUGAGGCCUUGAAGAACCAGCGAGCCAGUCUGGAGAAUGCUGUGACAUUGGCUGAAGAGCAAGGGGAUCAGGCUUUGCAGAGCGCCAAGGGCACCAUCCAAGACCUGGAGGAGGCACUGAAGCAUGCCAAGCAAGACAUGGCCUGCAAAGUGAGAGAAUACCAAGAGCUAAUGAACAUCAAGCUGGCCCUUGAUAUAGAAAUUGCCACCUACAGAAAAUUGCUGGAAGGAGAGGAGAACCGGAUGGUUGGUCAGGCUCCAAGUCUUCAGCUCAGUGCUAUUGACAAGCUAGCUGGGCUCCUCCUGACACAAAGAACAGUGCCACCUUCCUACGACAGGAUCACUGAGAAUUCCUUUACCAACAGCAGUUCACUGAAGAGACCCUUGCUGAUCAAAACCAUUGAGAUAAAAGAUGGGAAGAUCCUCUCAGAGGCCAGCCACUUCUCGGAGAAGUAAUAGUAGCAGAGCAGGCAAACAGCAGUUGACUUGAGUGUUCAAAAUAAACAAUUAUUUUAAAAUCUGA